GAGACGCAGCCAAAACACUAACAAAUGCAAAGUCCCAAGUUAGUCCUCAAUAAACCCCUUUUCUCGAGAUAUUACUGAGUCAGGCCAUUCAAAUAAACCAUGAGUUGUGAAGAAGAAGUCGUUAAGAUUGGGAAAAAGCUGGAAAAGAUGAUUGCAAAUAACAGCACCGAUCACAGCUCAGCAUCAGACUUGCUGAAAAAACUCAAAGACAUAAAAAUGAAUUUAAAUGUGUUACAGAAAACUAGAAUUGGAAUGACAGUGAACAACUUCCGAAAAGCAUCAAAAGAUGAGGAAGUCAUAAGUGUUGCAAAAUCAUUAAUUAAAGGAUGGAAAAAAUUGUUACCAGCUGGAGACAGUAGUUCUUCACAAGGUGCUGCUAAAGUUGAAAGGAAAGACAGCAGUAAUGGUGACACACAGACAUUAUCUCAAAGUGCCGGCAACUCACCGUCAUCUGAGGAGAAGUCAGCAGAUAAUAUGGCAGCUGAUGGUGCCUUCUCCUCUUGUACAGCAGCCAAUACGUCCGACCCCACACGCCUUAAGUGCAGAGAACUCUUAGCUAAUGCUUUGAAAGUAACAGAGGGCUUGGAUGGAAUGGGGGAUCCAGAAAACAUUGCUGGUCAUAUUGAAGAGUAUAUUUUUAAUGAGUUUGACAACACAAACACAAAAUACAAAAACAGAGUGAGAAGCCGAGUUGCCAAUUUAAGAGAUUUAAAAAACCCACAGCUGAGAGAGAAUGUCCUGUUGGGUCUCAUUGCCCCAGAGAAGAUUGCAAAGAUGACUGCAGAGGAGAUGGCCAGUGAUGAUAUGCAGGAACUACGACGUAAAUACACCAAACAAUCCAUUGAUGAUCACCACAUGGCCACCACCAGUGGCACCAGGUCAGACCUGUUCAAGUGCGGAAAAUGUGGAAAGAAAAACACAACAUACACACAGCUUCAGACAAGAAGUUCUGAUGAACCUAUGACGACGUUUGUGUUCUGCAAUGAGUGUGGGAACAGGUGGAAGUUUUGCUAGUCAAAAAGAAUACAAGACAUUUGUGUGAAUACAGAUACCUAUGUGUUUGAGCCAGAACAUGGAUGUUUCUACCCCAUACAUCUUUACAUUCAUUCACUUGGAGCAGUUUAAACCAUAUCUUUUUUUAUUUAAGACUGGAGGACAGCGUCCAUUGCUUGAAUAGUGUUGUCCUGUUCUAACCACUUAAAUGAUGGUGACUGCACUGUUGAGAUGAAUCAGUGCUGAAUGUUUCACACUAUACACAAAAUAAGGUAUUAUCUGAACAAGGGCAAGGCUGGUUUGUGGUUCCUCCUGAAUAUAAACAGAGAGUUGGAACAGUAACAAAUGUACAAGGGGUUGUAGAUGGUAGAGAGUGUGACACAUGAGAGGAUUUGAUAGAAAAUUGGAUGUGGAGAGUUGUCCUUUGUUACAAAUAAAAAUAAAACAACAUGCUAGACAAAGACCUAUUUUGAUACUAGGUUAACAAGGUGUAUUCCGAGAUCAUUUCACAUAAAACUCAUAUCAUUCAUUAUCAAUCAUUAAUAAAAGUUUGUAAGAUAUUUGAGAUUUUAAGAGUGGAGACAAUAGUGUUUGUCUGUAGGCAUCUCCCUUGGCCACUUCCGUGUUUUAAUGUUUUAAAGGGUUUAUUCCGUUGUUUGAUGUUGACCUUUGGUAGACUGAUAAGGCCUACAUUUAAACUUUAGGUCUGCCAAAUGUAUUCGUAAAAUUGUAGAAAAGAAUACAUGUGCAGAAAAAAUUCAAAAGGCAGAUUUAGUAGAUAAUUAUAUUAUUUAUUUUUCCUGUGAUCAUAUAGUUUCAUGCUUUUGGUUUUCGUGUGAUUAAAGUGUAAUUAUUUUGAAGAAUGUGUGAAAAUUUUCCUUAUAUUCUUUAUCAUAACACUCUUUGGUACACUGUUGUCAGGGAUAUAUAAUGUAUAUUGGUAUAUAUUUAUAUGUCUCAGCUUUUGAUAUAAUGGAUAUAAUUUUCUGUUAAAGAACAGCGAUUUGUUUAUGUGUUUUAAACCCACCAUUAUCAUGUCAUGUGCUGUUCAAAUCACCCUUGGUCUGUUUUCUGUUAUUCAUUGGCUUUCUGUUCUUAGACAAUCCCUCCAAAGAAUUCAGAACGAAUCUUUCAAUUUCUGAUCUUGGUUGUGUAGACUAGUGUGAAGAGCAAGAUAAAAGGCCAUUUUAGAUGUUGGCAACUUUUCAGAUAUUUGUUAAAGCUAUUUCUCAAAUACUGGCUAGACAUUGAUUCCAUCUGGCCCUUAGUGGUGCUUGUUCAACACUGGCACUAAUCGUAAGAAAACAGCUGCCAGUUCUCAAGUUUUAGAUGAAUUCGGUACUUAGUUGUUGCUGUUAAGACCGAUCACAACAAGGUAGCUGCUGGCCAGUUGUCUCACAAUGACGUACACAUUUUAUCAGGAAAUUUCAUAGUUUCUAUCUGGAUUCCGUUUAAUGAUGGAUUUUAGGUGUCAUUUUUAACCAGAUAGCCACACGACUGAGAUAACAAAUUUGACCCCUGGAUAUUGCAAUUUUUCAGAAAUGAGAAGGCUUCUUUGAUCUUUCAUAUUUCAGUUAAACUUGCUUUAUCAAAAAUAUGAUAUCUGAUGGCGUUAUUUCUGCAGAAUGAUUUUCUAGUCAAUAGGUGAAAAGACAAAUAUAUUAAACUUUUAAGCAGCAGUAGUUUACUCCAGUCGGUAAGAGUUAAGACUGAACUUUACAAUUGUUGACACUAUGAUUCUAUAGGAGCUCUUGCCUUGCUUUUUUCUUUUUUUUCCCCCCAAAUGUUUACAUUUUCAACUUACACAAAAUGAUUUGCUUCAUUGAUUUAAAAUAUUUUCUGUACAGAAGUGUCCAUGAGCUGACAGAUGGUGUUUGUUAUAUUCAAUGAUAUAUUCAAUGGAAGUAAUACAUUUUUGUUUUAUAUUUCUUGAGUGUGGACAUGGGUCUUAUACAAGAGAAACACCUUUCUAAUUUCAUGAUCAGUCAUCAUUUGUUUUAGUUGAGAACAUUUUGUAGAACUGUAAUGAUUUGUAAGACAGCAUUAGAGUGUACGUCUCCACUCGCCGUUAUCACAGAGUAUGGUUUGUAUGAUGGGUGUGUCUUUACUAUUGUUCCUGACAGUGUUUACAGUUAUCUAUCAGAUAUACGUUGUAAAGCGCAGUUUUAUGUUCAAAAAUAAAAAUACAGAGGUUUUUUGGUAACA